AAGGGAGGGAUUCGGACACAAACAAACGUCCACGGGUUUGAUGUCGGGCUACGUUACAGAUAACCGUGACAUGUCAGGCGGAUUUAACAGAUAACUCCAUGACAUUUGAAACAUGUGGCUCAAACCCGAAGAGAUUCUGCUGAAAAACGCGUUUAAAUUAUGGGUCACCGAGAAGGAUAACGACUACUUCGUACUGCAAAGGAGGCGAGGGUACGGAGAAGGUGGAGGCGGGUUGACAGGCCUCCUUGUGGGAACUCUGGAUACUGUGCUGGACUCCACUUCCAAAGUUGCUCCCUACCGCAUUCUUCACCACACGCCAGACUCGCAAGUGUACUGGUCAAUAGCAUGCGGUGUCACCAGAGAAGAGAUUGUUCAGCACUGGGAAUGGCUGCAGCAGAACAUCAUGAGGACGCUCUCUGUUUUUGACUCCAGCGAGGAUAUUACCAGCUUUGUACAGGGCAAGAUUAGAGGUCUUAUCGCUGAGGAAGGGAAGUCGUCCAUGGUGCUGGAGGAAGAUCCUGAGAAGUUCCGAGAAGCACAUCUGAGGUUUGAGAAGUGGUUCGAGCUGCCAUCAGAGGAAAAGCUGGUCACAUAUUACUCAUGCAGCUACUGGAGAGGCAAAGUGCCCUGCCAGGGCUGGCUCUACCUCAGCACAAACUUCCUGUGCUUUUAUUCAUACCUGCUGGGAUCUGAGGUGAAACUGGUCAUCUCCUGGGAUGAGAUCUGGAGGCUGGAGAAAACCUCUAACGUUAUACUGACUGAGAGCAUCCAUGUCUUGGCUCAUGGGGAGGAUCACUACUUCUCCAUGCUGCUGCACCUUAACGAAACAUUUGUUAUAAUGGAACAGCUGGCUGACUACUCCAUCAAGCGCCUUUUUGAUAAAGAGGCCUUCCAGAGAGAGCCGGCACUUUCCGACCCCCUGCAAAUUACCAAGAGAGGACUAGAAGCUCAUGCAAAGAGUGAGCAGUUCCGGACAUUUUUCAGGCUUCCGAAAGAGGAAAAUCUAUUAGAGGUGCAUGAGAGCUUCCUGUGGGUGCCCUUCAGCCAUUUCAACACGCUUGGCAAGAUCUGUCUGUCUGAGAACUACCUGUGUUUUGCCAGCCAGGAUGGGAGCCAGUGCCAUGUCAUCAUUCCAAUGCGAGAGGUUGUUAAUGUCGAGAAGCCAGACUCCGGCAGCAGGGCUUUAACAGUGUGUGUGCGUGGCAAGAGGGCGCUGCGUUUCUCUGAAGUGCGGGACUUCCAGCGACUUGCCAACACCCUCCGUAGCAGGUGUGGGAUCAGUGCCAGCCCUCAGCAUUCUGCUUCAUCAGAGGUCAUACGAGGCGAGUGCCAGUCACUCAUCAACCACUUUGAGGACAACCCAGAGGACGUAACACUGAUGGUGGGACAGAAAGACAGCAGCAAGGCCGUAAGCACCGAGGCUCUCAUGACUGUUUUCCACCCCCAGGAUGUUGAAAACCUUGACCCCAAAAUGCUUAAGGAAAAGAUGAAGGAACAGUCUUGGAACAUCCAUUUUUCCGAAUAUGGACGUGGCACAAGUAUGUUCUUCACCAGGAAGACCCGAGACUUGAUUGUUCGUGGUGUUCCUGAGGCGUUGAGAGGAGAGCUAUGGAUGCUGUUUUCAGGAGCUGUGAACGACAUGGCCACUCAUCCUGGCUAUUACACUGAGCUGGUUGAACAGUCUCUGGGCACAAGCACUUUGGCAACAGAUGAGAUUGAGAGAGACUUGCACCGCUCUCUGCCAGAGCACCCUGCCUUUCAGAGUGACACAGGAAUCUCAGCUCUACGCAGAGUCCUUACUGCCUAUGCAUACAGGAACCCUAAAAUUGGCUACUGCCAGGCCAUGAACAUUCUCACAUCAGUUCUCCUGCUCUAUGCGAAAGAAGAGGAGGCUUUCUGGCUCUUGGUUGCUGUCUGUGAGAGGAUGUUGCCGGAUUACUUUAACCGCCGAAUUAUUGGCGCUUUGGUCGACCAGGCGGUGUUUGAGGAUCUAAUUCGAGAAAAUCUCCCACAGCUGGUGGAGCACAUGACAGACCUGAGUUUCUUCUCCUCUGUGUCCUUGUCCUGGUUUCUUACUCUCUUCAUCAGUGUCCUGCCCAUAGAGAGCGCUGUGAACGUGGUGGACUGUUUUUUCUACGACGGCAUUAAAGCCAUUCUGCAGCUCGGCCUGGCAGUGCUGGACUACAACAUGGAGGCUUUGAUCAGCUGCCACGAUGAUGCUGAGGCGGUCACCAUCCUCAACAAAUUCUUUGACAGUGUGACAAACAAAGACAGUCCGUUGCCUCCAACGGUGCAGCAAGCUUCAGUUGGCAAUAACGUUAAAGCAUCCCACUUUAAUGUGGAUAUCAGUGAACUGAUCCGAGAGGCCUAUGAGAAAUAUGGAAAUAUCCGUUCAGAGGAAGUCGAGAGUUCACGGAAAAGAAACAAACUGCACGUAAUCCAGACACUGGAAGAUACAACCAAACAAAAUGUUAUUCGGGUUGUGUCCCAAGAAGUGAAAUUCAGUGCCUCACAGCUUGAUGAACUUUAUAACUUGUUCAAAAGGCAGCAUUUCCUGUCCUGUUACUGGACAAUGAAGAGUCCAGCUCUGCUCCAUCAUGACCCUAGCCUGGCCUAUUUGGAGCAGUACCAGUUGGGUUUCCAGCAGUUCAGUGUGCUCUUCUCCCUGCUGGAGCCCUGGGCUUUCUGCACCAGCAAGAGCACCCUCUCCCUCUGGAUCUUUCGCCUGAUAGACGAGAACCAGGACGGCCUUGUCAACUUUAAGGAGUUCUGCUGUGCCCUUGAUACUCUGUACAGUGGAUCUUUCACAAAUAAGCUGAAAUUCCUGUUCAAGUUGCACCUGCCCCCAGCUUUUACAGGCAGUCCUUUGCACUUAAAGGAACAAAGAAUCCAGCACUUUAUUCCAGUGACUGAAGACUCUUCUCACUUGAGUAGACUCACUGCAUUUGAUCUUCCUGAAGAUGGUGUAAUAAGGAAAAGCCCUGAAAGAGGUAGAGGAAAAGUGGACCUGCAGGCCUACCUGAAACAAUGGCAAAAUGAAAUACUAAAGAAGGAGGAAACCAUCAAGGACCUACCCCGUAUAAAUCAGACUCAGUUCAUUCAGUUCUCCAAGACCCUGUACAACAUUUUUCAUGGCAAUCCAGAGGAGGAAUCUCUGUACCGAGCCGUGGCCCAUGUGACUAGCCUUCUCCUGAGGAUGGAAGAGGUGGGACGCAGGCUGCAGGAGCCGAGCAGCCCCCCCGAGUCCACAAAGCCUGCCAACACUACCGCUGCUGCUGCUGCUGCUGCUGAGGAGGCUUCAACCGAAGAGGCUUCCACCACCCCGGAGACCGCCGACACCUCCGGCUCCCACAACAGUCAGGAUGCAGCGCCUGACCUCUCAGAGCUAGAGUGGUCGUUCUCGUUCGAGCAGGUCUUGGCUUCUCUGCUCAACGAGCCAGCCCUAGUCAGCUUCUUUGAGAGGCCUGUCGACGUUCAUGCUAAAUUGGGACAAGCUAAGGUCGCCCAGCUGAAGCUAAAGGCAAAUAAGUGAAAGGAUACAUAAGUGAAUUGAUACUUUGCUUCAUUCAAACCAGAAGUCACCAUGAAUUUCCUUUCUCCACCUUGAUAGGGCAGUGGGUAUUAGUGAGGCAGACAGUGAGAUUACUGUUGUAGUGGAGGGGACAUCAGAUUUAAAAAUCUGGAGUGCAAUGUGUGUGCGUGUGUGUGCGUGGGUGUGUGUGUGUGUGUGUGUGUGUGUGUGUGUGUGUGUGUGUUGGUCAGGCAGAUGGUAGGCAGCAACAAUGGCUGAUGAAACAAAUAAGGCACAACAUCUUUAAGAUACUGUACACACUGUAGUAACACUAUCCAACACCUUCAGUGCAUUCUCAUAUUAAACCUCGUGGCAGACAUACUGUACGCUGUCCUUCCUCAAGUCUGAUUAUGCAUUUUCAACCAUCAUUAAUGAAAUUAAUUCUCUCAUGUAGCCUCAGAUUUUAAGUUGAAUUUAAAUUAUAUUUCCCCUAUAUGCCAUUGAGCACAUACAGUAUAGAUGUGUAUUAUAUAAGGGACAUUCAGUACUGUCCCCUGUGUUCAGAAACCGAAGAGUUUGUCCUUCCCUCUGUCUCUGCUGAGGUACAACUCCAUAACAAAUGACUUAGACAAGGUGGCAGAGAGUCCACAGGAAUAUUCUCCUUCUGGAUAGCUUACUAUAUUUCCUCUGUCAGACUACUAGUAGUGAAACAAACUGUAAAUGCUGUUGUGUCCUGUGACUUCAGUGUCUCCUGUUAUUGGGCAAUGUUAGUGUCACUUUGUAAACUUAUUGUUAGAAACACCAGCUUUUCAGUUGACACAGAAUAAAUAGUACAGUUAGUAAGGACAAGCAGUAAUGCUGUCCCCUGGAAGCCAUAAACAGAUUUCAGAGAUCUGAUCUGAAUGAGGAUGUCAGAUACAUUUCUUGAGAGCAUAAAAGAAAGAUUCAGUUAUAAUGUUAUACAUUUGCAAUAAUAGAAAUAAAUAAAGAGAGGAUGACGCACUGCCACAGCACACUCAUCUGUCUCAUUCCUACAACAGCAGCACAUGCAGCACAAUAUUAUAGCAUGACUUCAGUGUGUCAUACUGUAAACUAUGGUCUGUAAAGGUAUAAUAGUUUGAAUUCUGCAGUGCUGCUGUAGGGAAAUCUUCUGCGACCGCUUCUGAAAAUGUGCAACUUUGAUUGGUUAAUGUACUGUUUGCUUUUGUCCGUCUUACUGUAUACGUAGGAUGUUACGCUCUAGUAUAAGUGCAGCAUUUUGUACAUAGAGGUCAGUUCAAUAGUCGUUUGAUUAUUGUAUUUAUGAGGCUUGUAUUAAAAAUGUAAGAUAUGAGCUAGUGGACUGUUGUGGACACAACUUAAACCUUUCGAAGGAUAUUUUGUUUUAUCAAAUCUCAGGGUGCAAUUUGUGUAAAAUAAAAGGGAGAAAAGGGAUAUUUUUUUCGACCUGGGACAUAUAAAGUAUAUGACUGAUGAGUUAUACAUAGCUUACAAAUGUCUGUAACAUUAAAAUAUAGAGCAUGUGUAGCAUAGUUACAGGAUUUUGCCACAUUAUGCUGGCCUUUAAUGAACAGCAAUUACUCACUACAGAAAGCCAGAUUUGACUUUACAGUAUUUAUGUUGUUUUCUUUUCUAUCUCUGCUUUUUCUGCAAAUGUAUUUGUUUCUGCUUCUCAGUGAAUCGUUUGCACAGUCGUUUGAGAUUCACAAAUUGUAGAUAUGUCUGUGUCUUGGCCAGAUCUCAAAGGCUUUGAAUUCCAAAAGGUCAUGACUGCUUCAGCUGCAACUUGUCAUCUCCAGGGGCCAAAUUCAAGAAAUUCAUAAAUUUAUAGAGCUUUAUUUCUGCUUGUGUUGGGAAAAAGUGGUUUAGGAGCUCUUUAAGUGCAAGUGCAAUUCUCUGUUUCCUAUAUUUUUAUUACUCUGCCAUUUGCUAGGAACAUUUUAUUAUUAUUUUCUUAAUUAAUUACAAUUUUUUUUUUUCACUUAAGAUUUUAGGACCAAUCUGAAAUGUGUUGUGUAAUUACUGGGUUGGAUUGUUGAAGUGAGUUUUACAUACUCCAUUGAAAUCAAGCAUUUUGCAAACAUCCGUUACUCAUUAGAACUGAAAAGACAAAUCUGUCAUUGUUUACAUGACUAAUGUAAAAAAAACACCCCAUUCAUCUUUUAUAUGUUGUCACUCCUUAAAUCCAAAGCUCAGUGAGUGACUUCAGUUCAGUUCCUUUUUAAUGAAUCAGUACUGAGUUUCAGCAACCUGGGCUCCAGGAGCUGAUCAUUUAGCAACCUUUCUAAACACCAACCCUAUUUCCAUUAUUUAAAACGGUCACAUCUGACCAUUGUCCAACUAUUUCAGAUUGUGUUGCAGUAUUUCUGUGUGGGGUUUUUCAUGUCAGUUAAUUGCAUGCUAAAUCUAUUUCAGAUUAUUUGAUAAUAUCAUAUAAAUAUCAUAUAAAACAAGUUUACUUUCAGGAAUUUGUAUGUUGGUCAUUAUAGCUCUUGGAAAAUGGCACUUAAGAUGAUUUUUUUUUUUAGCCUGAAAUUGUUUCCUCUUGGUGGGAAAAUAGAUUAGAGGAGAUGACUUUAUCGGAACAGAGGAAGGAAAAUCAAAGGGUUGGAAAUCUCUCUGGCGCGCUGUCAGUUUUGCCAUUAAGCAUUAGAGUGCAUACAACGGGCAUGGACAAUGCUCCAGCUGCAUUAGUAUAUGGUUAAACAAGUCUUUAUAUGUGCAAAUGUAGUCUACAGCUUUUAUAGUCUGUAGCAUUUGAUUAAAAGUUUGUUUUGCAAGUUAUGUGAAGCCUAUUUCUGUUUACCUGCUUGAUUCUGAUUUAUUUUUUUUAUCUCCAUAAAGAGGUAUCAGAAUAAAUGAUGAUGAUUCUAUGAAUAA